AUGGCUUCUGUUGCUGCAAAUCGUCCCGUUGUAUCGGUCCUCUCCAUUGAAGGUGAGACUGCCUCUGUCAUAUCUCAAGUGGUCUUGCCCGCCGUGUUUACGGCUCCUAUUCGUCCGGAUGUCGUCAACUUUGUCCAUACAAACAUGGCCAAGAACCGUCGUCAGGCUUAUGGUGUCUCACGUGAGGCAGGUCACCAACACUCUGCCGAGUCAUGGGGUACCGGUCGUGCUGUAUCACGUAUCCCCCGUAUCCAGGGUGGUGGUAAUCAGAGUUCUGGACAGGCUGCCUUUGGUAACAUGUGCCGUGGUGGUCGCAUGUUUGCUCCGACGCGUAUCUGGCGCAAAUGGCACCGCAAAAUCAAUGUCAAUCAACGUCGUUUUGCUGUCGCUUCAGCUCUUGCUGCUUCAGCUGUUCCUGCACUUGUCAUGGCCCGUGGCCACCGCAUUGAAAAGGUGCCGGAGGUGCCUCUAGUCCUUGAUGAUUCUGUAGAAGUCAUUCAAAAGACCACACAAGCUCUCAAGAUCCUUGCUAAGAUCGGAGCUGAUGCUGAAAUUGAAAAGGUUAAAGCUUCAAAGAAGAUCACCACUGGACGUGGAAAGUCACGUAACCGUCGCUACACGACGCGUCGUGGUCCUUUGAUCGUGUUUGCCAAUGCCAACGGUGCUGAAAAGGCAUUCCGGAACAUUCCCGGUAUUGAACUUGCCAAUGUUGAACGCCUGAACUUGCUUCAACUUGCACCAGGUGGUCAUCUUGGUCGUUUUAUUAUCUGGACCAAGUCUGCUUUCCAGAAAUUGGACUCUUUGUACGGCACGUACUCGAAGAAAUCCAUCUCAAAGACUGGGUACCAGCUUCCUCGUCAUCAGAUGAACAAUGCUAAUCUUGGCCGUUUGAUCAACUCGGACGAGAUUCAGUCGGUCAUCCGUGCUGGAAAGUACCAGAAACACCGUCGCUUCCAGAAGAAGAACCCGCUCAAGAACUUGGGUGCUAUGGUCAAGCUGAACCCGUACACGCUAGUGGCUCGUCGUGCUGAGCUACGUGCUGAGGCUUUGCGUGCUGAGAAGAAGAAAGCUUUGACCGACAAGAACCGCAAGAACACGUGCAAGACGGACCCGAAGCGCAAGGCUCAGUCGCGUGCUCUGUUUGCCAAGAACUCUUCGGACUAA